AUGAUGGACUAUAGGACAGGACUGCUGCUUCUAACUAUCUGCUGGACAGGUCUUGAUGGUCCGACUCUGACAGAAUCUGAACCAGCAGUUAAAAAACCUGGAGAAUCCCACAAACUGACCUGUACAGUCUCUGGAUUCACAUUCAGUAGCUACCACAUGAACUGGGUCAGACAGUCUCCUGGAAAAGGACUGGAGUGGAUUGCUUUUGUACACACAGGCAGUUCUCAUAUUUUUUACUCCCAGUCAGUCCAGGGUAGAUUCACCAUCUCCAGAGAUGACUCCAGCAGUAAGCUCUAUCUACAGAUGAACAGUCUGAAGACUGAGGACACAGCAGUGUAUUACUUUGCUAAAAGAGACACAACUGUCAGUGGAGAUCACAGCACAUCAGCUUCAACAUCAACCAUGUUCUCUGUAGCUCUGCUGCUGCUGUUGGCAGCUGGAUCCUGUGUGAAGUGUGAACAGUUGACACAGCCAGCCUCAGUGACUGUGCAGCCAGGUCAACGUCUGACCAUCACCUGUCAGGUCUCUUAUUCUGUAAGCAGCUAUCGCACACAUUGGAUCAGACAGCCUGCAGGGAAAGGACUGGAGUGGAUUGGAAGUGCACGUGUUGGAUACACCACAUACUACAAAGAUUCACUAAAGAACAAGUUCAGUAUUGACUCAGACUCUUCCAGCAACACAGUGACUCUAAAUGGACAGAAUAUGCAGCCUGAAGACACUGCUAUGUAUUACUGUGCCAGAGACCCACAAUAA